AUGAAGUUUAUGCUAUUUGCAUUAAUCAUUUUUUUGAGUUAUUGCUUUGUUCAUCCUAUAAAUCAACAAAAUAAACAGUUUGGCUACAAUGAUUCAUACGAAUAUACCACUUCUAAGGAAGUAAAAAGAACGAUCGGUGGACUUACAUUCAAUCUGAAACGAUCUGGCAAAAAAAAAGGUAAAAUCGAACAAAUAGUAACUAAGUUCCCUCACAAAAAAAAUCCAUUAAUCAUUGCAAAUGAUUGGUCUCAAGAAGACUACAUGGUUAUAUCAUUUAUUAUUUUUUUAUCAAAAAGACUAGAUCUUGCGUCAAAGACCUUUGAAAUAAAAAAAUAUAAUAAUUGGAUUUUUGGAAACGUCCCUCCCUUGGAAGAACUAUCAAGAGGAAUUACUCAUUUCAACCCUCUUCCUGAAUGGAGAAGUUGGUGGGAGAAAGAAGGAGAUAGUAAUAAAAUAUUCGAUCAGAUAGAUGAUAUUUAUUUUUCAGUUACAAACACCCCAAAUAUGUUCAGAUUUUCAGAUGAUUCAGCAUCGAAUAAAAUUGUGAAACCAUUCCUAUCACUUGCAUAUAUUUUCUCUAGAGAAAUUAUUAAAGACAAUGCAUUAAUAAAAAACAUGUCUAGAAAUAAUUACAAAAAAGAAGUUAUUAAAAAUCUUGAAACUAGAAAAAAGAAAUUUAAUUCAUUAUUCAACUUCGAAAAUGACAACAUUAUAAAGGAGCAACCACUCAAUUUUGAAAAAGAGAAUCCAGAAAAAAAUGAUCACCUUUUUUUAUUUAGAAAAGCAUAUAAUCAUGUUUUAAUUGUCAAAAAAAGAAGGAAAUUUAAUUCAGAAAAUGGAGACCAUAAUAUUGAACUUUUACCAAACUGGUGGGAAAAGGAGUUAGACAUAAUAACUGCAAUUAUACUAACUAUUUUUAAAUACCAAUAUAGGCAUAGAAUGCAGAUAAUCGAAGCUGAAAACAAAAUAAAAAAUGACAACUUAAAUUGGAAGAAAAUUAAACUUUGCAUAAAACAGGCGAUCUUAUGUACAUCAACUGGUGCAUCAGACAACUCAUUAGAUCAUAUUCCAAUUUGGCAUAGAUUUGGAGAGAAAUGGCAAAGCUUCCCACAAGGAGCAAUGAUAAGGAUAUUGGACAAUGUAUCGAAACUUUCUCUAAAUACUAGUAGUUGGGAUGUAUAUGACUAUGUUAUAUGUUUUUGUUUUUAUUAUUUGAUAAAAAGAGAAAGAAUUAGGAUCGAUUGGUUUUCUUUAGGGCCGUUGUCAGGUUCUCCCAAGACUAGAUUUUGGCGUCGAUUCAAAAGGUUUAUUAUCAAAAUAUUUUCAUCAAACAAAGGUAUGUUUGAUAUGAAUGAUAAGUGGCAUAGUUUGUCCGUAGAAAUGGAGUCCGAAAGAAGUAAUUAG